CCCUGCCGCGAGGAGUGCAGGGAGGAAGAGCGGAGCGGCGGCGCCGGCGUCCCAUCUCGCACGCGGCUUUCCGCCCGAUUUCGCCCCGGCAGGGAUGGGCGACACGAUCUGGCUGCCCUUCCCCUUGCUCCUCCUGGUCGCUUUGCGGCUGCCCGGGACGGCCGGCUUCACGCCUUCCUUAGACAGCGACUUUACCUUUACCCUUCCGGCCGGCCAGAAGGAGUGUUUCUACCAGCCCAUGCCGCUGAAGGCCUCGCUGGAGAUCGAGUACCAAGUCUUAGAUGGAGCAGGAUUAGAUAUUGAUUUCCAUCUUGCCUCUCCAGAAGGCAAAACUUUAGUUUUUGAACAAAGAAAAUCAGAUGGAGUUCACACUGUAGAAACUGAAGUUGGUGAUUACAUGUUCUGCUUUGACAAUACAUUCAGCACCAUUUCUGAGAAAGUAAUUUUCUUUGAAUUAAUCCUGGAUAAUAUGGGAGAAGAGGCACAAGAACAAGAAGACUGGAAGAAAUAUAUUACUGGUACAGAUGUGUUGGAGAUGAAACUCGAAGACAUCCUGGAAUCCAUCAACAGCAUCAAGUCCAGAGUAAGCAAAAGUGGUCAUAUACAAACUCUGCUCAGAGCAUUUGAAGCCCGUGAUCGAAACAUACAAGAAAGCAACUUUGAUAGAGUCAAUUUCUGGUCUAUGGUUAACUUAGUUGUCAUGGUGGUAGUCUCAGCUAUUCAAGUUUAUAUGCUGAAGAGUCUAUUUGAAGAUAAAAGAAAAAGUAGAACUUAAAACUCAACUACUUAACAAAAUUGGAAAAAAGUGGGGUCAGAAAAGUGCAGUUGUUACCAUUAAUAGUCAAGACCAUUAGUAGUCUUUUCAAAACGUUUGCAGACAUUCUCAAUAAGUGUAAAAUAAGUAUAAUUUUAAUGUGAAAGUCUUCGUUUUCUGUGCAAUCUACUUCACUCAUCCAGUUACACUUAAGUGUGUAACUGGAAUAUUUUACAUAAGUGUAAGUUUAAUUGAAAUUCUUACUAAUAACUGCAUUUUUCUAAGUUUUAAAAUUUUUACACGCAAAAAAAAAAAAAAAAAAGAAAUCAGCCAAUUUCUAGGGAUAGGGAUA